AGUCUCAGUCUCUAUUGUGAGAAAGACGAGGGAGAAUUUUGCAGAGACACACAAACCAUCGCCGGGUCUAUUCGAGUCGUACCCAAAUCAGGAAAAAAAUAAUCAAAGAAAAAACAUGGAGGAGGACAUGGAUGAGGGACAGAGCCAGAAAGGAUGUACAGAGUGCUGUUUGAAGUGUCUGCGUGGGAUCCCAUACCCGUCUCUGAUUGCCACCAUCCUGCUGUACGCGGGCGUGGCUCUGUUCUGUGGCUGUGGUCAUGAGGCUCUAACCGGCACCGUCACAAUCCUACAGAACUACUUUGAAGUGAUCAAGACUUCUCCAGACGCAUUGGACGUCUUCACCAUCAUCGACAUCAUCAAAUACGUGAUCUACGGCAUUGCCUCAGCUUUCUUCGUCUACGGGAUCCUGCUGAUGGUUGAGGGCUUCUUUACCAGUGGAGCAAUUAAAGAUCUGUAUGGCGAUUUUAAGAUCACCGCCUGCGGUCGAUGCGUUAGCGCAUGGUUCAUCAUGCUGACGUACAUCUUCAUGCUCGCCUGGCUGGGAGUGACAGCCUUCACCGCGCUGCCCGUUUUCGUCUACUUCAACAUCUGGACUAUUUGCCAAAAAAAUGCCACUCUACAGCAGGGAACAAGUCUGUGUCUGGACCCACGCCAAUUUGGUGUGGUGACUAUCGGACAGGGGAAGUCGGUGUGUACAGGAAGUGAACCAUUUUCCCAAAUGUGUGCAUCUAAAGAGCUGGAUAUGACCUUUCACCUGUUUGUGUGUGCGCUGGCCGGAGCCGGAGCAGCCGUCAUCGCCAUGAUCCACUACCUGAUGGUUUUGUCGGCUAACUGGGCCUACGUGAAGGAUGCGUGUAAGAUGCAGAAAUACGAAGACUGCAAGUCCAAAGAGGAGCAGGAGCUGCACGACAUCCACUCCACACGCUCCAAAGAGCGACUCAACGCCUACACAUAAAGCAGGAAGUAGCAGAGAAAGGGGCGGAGCCUCAGGCACUGGCUGGUGCCGUCCAAUGACCAAUGGUGUGUCACGUGACCAACCCCAUGGCCAACCCUAUGAUUAUGAUUAAUAUUAUUACUACAAUUAUGUUUAACUAGUGGUGGAUUUUUUAUGUACGCUUACAGGAGAUUGUCAAGAGUUAUAGGUUGUUUAAUUUUGUAAUUACUCACACUAUAACAAAUUUAUUUCCCUUUUUUUUAAACAUCAGUAUUAAUAUGCGGUGGUAUUACCGGGUCGGUCGUAGGGUAUAAAGCACAGGUUUUUUAUUACAGGUGUUUAAUUUUUCACACAUGACUGAAAAGAUUUUUUUUCAAUGAAUGCUGAUUUGUUUUUUUAAUAUGUAAACAUUUUGGCCCAGAAGCAGCAGAUUGCUUGUACAUUCUGCAUUAUUUUCGAAAUAAAAAAAGAAAAAAAGAGUUAAAAAACAGAAAAAAGAUAGUCAAAAUUAGUGAGAAAUGAUGUAACAUAAAGGGUUUAUUUAUUAUUUUUCUACAGAUUACAAAACGUAUCCAGAAAAAAAGGUUAUGAGUUCUUUACUAGCAUUUGCAAAGCCUACAGUGUUUUACCCCUCUUUUAUUUUCCUACAGACGAUAGUUACAGGUGAGUAGAUCUUUAAUUUUCCAUUUACUGAAAUUUUUUUUU